CCGAGCCCCAACCCCGGGCAGGACCUCCCCGCCGCUGCCCUGCCGGCCUGGGGCAUCGCAGAGCCAGAAUCCAUGCUCGCUUCAGGGAGCGCCGUCGGUGGGGAGGCCGAGAGAGGCUGCCCGUGUGCUCCAGGGUGCGAUUGGGGCCCCAGGCCGGUCAGUGUGGCAGGAAGUGUGACCCAGCCAUCUCCUGUCAGCAUGCACCCAAGUCCUGGUCCGUCGGCCCAUCUUCCAGGAAGUCUGUGGCAUCCUGAUCGUGAUGUGGGCUCACCUACUGCAGAGGCCUGUGAGGUCAUCCUUCCAGCUGUUCCCAAGUCGGGGGCGCCUCUGUGCCUUGAACGCCCGUGGCAAGGACAGGGCCCUGCAGACGUGGUUACCCCUCCCACCAUCCACAGCCAGCUCAGAGACCGAGCCUGCCCUAGAACCACAUGGUCCCCACCAGGGUGGCCUGUGAUGAACUUCAGCAAGUAAGACAGUCUGCUGGGGGUCUUCUGGGAAGGGGUUUGAUCUCUGAAAAUAACAGGCAAGCAAGGAGAGCUUGGCACCCUACCUCUUCCAACCUUAAAUACAUUUAGGUGAGGAUGUGAUGUGUGGAGCUACAGCAGCCAUCUUGCAACCAGGAAUCAAACUUUAAAAUGAAGAGCCAGUGUCCUGGGGAUAGUGAAGCAGAGGCUGGGCCCAGGAAGUGAUGAAACUGCUCACCACCCCCAGGCCUGCUGCCCACCCAGUGCUCAGUCAUGCUGCUCCGUCUAAUGGGGGUGAGAAGACAGCCAGGGCCCUCACAUCUAGACACCUGCUGUAAAGGCUCAGCUGACCACUCAGUCCUUGCGCUGCUCAUGGAUUGCUGAUGGGUUGUGCUCUUUCCCAUCAGGUCACACCCCACCUCAGGUCUUCAGCAUGGGCACCAAAGGGUGGGCACAAAAGCCCCUCCUUUCCCCGAGUUAAAGGAAACAAGACAACCCUGGAACCCAGACCCUGUGACCCAGCUCUGGGCCAGGUCUUCCUGAGAUCUCUCCUUGGUGAGGGGAGGGGGCAGGGGGGCUGGCUGCACUCCCCGUGGCUGCCGUCGGGGGACCCCCGUAAAGGCAGGCCUCCCCGGCGUGGCUGUGGCUAGACAGGGCUGCCCCUUGGCUCUGCAGGCAGCAGCUCGUCAGGCUCCAGCUCCCAUGAGCUCCCUCACAUGCUGAGCCUUUGUCUGCUGCGGGCCUGCUGCGGGCCUGACCCUGUUCUGGUGCUGGCGACCCAGCACUGAGACAGUUCCUGCCCUCACAGCCUCAUGAGUGGUCGGCACAUGGUCUCAUGUGGUAUGUCCUCUGAGGGGGUGGCCGUCCCCCCCACCGCCUGUCUCUGGCCAGUCCUCACUUGCUUGCUUUCGGGGGCACUAGAGGUCAAGCGGGUAGGACUGGCCGCAGGGUUAGCUGUGGUUUCACGUGGACGUUUCCCAGGCCUGUGACCAAUCGCAGCUCAGCUGUACCUGCUGUCCCCCUCCCUCGGGGUGAGAACCAGACAGGGAGUCUCGAGGCCUCCCCAGGAAGAGGGCUGUGGUCUCAUGGCAAAGGCCGCCCAGUUCUCCUGGCCUUUGAAGUCUCAGGCUGGGGGCGCUGGGUCUGGGGAGGCACGGCAAUCUCAAAGGCCUCAUUUAUGGAGCCGUGAUGACACGUAAGCUAGAGGCAGGACACUGCUCGCCCGGCGGCCAGGGAGUCCUGGGACUCACGUGGCAGAGACACCGGGGUUCAGGGCAGCGGUGCCAGCACCGCCCCCACCGUGGCUCUGCCUCGUGGUCCUGCCCUGGGACCCUUUGUUCCCUUUGGGGUUCUCCACCAGGAGGUGGGGCGCCCUGGUUCCUGCGGAGCCCAGGCAAGGCCCUUCCUUCCACCCUCUUCUAUGUGGCGGGUGGGGGCUCGUGCAUGGCCAGAAACAGGCAAACAGGUCCACCAGGGUGUAAAACGGUUUGGCGGAAUCUACCAGAGCUGAAGGUGUGCCUCUGACCAUGCGGUGCCACCACUGUGUGUCACCCAGCAGCAGUGUCUGUGACGGAUGGGGGCCACCCAAACGCCCAUGCGGCCUGCGUGUUAACGACCGCUGCGUGCGGCUGCGAGGGUGUCUCAGUGCUGAGUGAGGAAGGGUCCAGAGUCCACACAUAUCUGGUUCCAAAACAGGCAAAGUUAACCGAUGGUCGGGGCCGGGAGGACACCCCGGAGGGUCUGGUGCAGUCAGUGUUUGAUUGACUGAUUGGGUGCUGCUUUCCCGGCUGUAUUUGGAUGAGGUGUGCACCAACCUGCAUGUUUAUGAUUCGUGUACUCUCAUGUACGACGCGCUUCAAUAAAUAGCACCAACGGAGGCAAAGGGGGAAAGGGCUGUGUGAGUCGUCAAGGGCAGGGAAGGGAGCUGACGCUGGUGAGCAGGUGCGCCCUCCCCCGUCUGGUGGGGGGCACAGGACGGACCCAAACGGGAACAUCACAGCCCAGCGCCUUCAAAGCACCAGACCCUCGGCCCGCCUGACUUCCCCCACCCGUGAGGGGCCGGCCCCGCGGUCCACGCCCACCCCACCCUCAGAGGAGGCUUUGUCGUUGGCACCGGGCCCUCUUUAGUGAUCGAGUGCUGGCUCGGUUGGGGGUCCUUGGGGCAGGGCCGCCUUCAGUCAGCGUUUAACGUGGGGCAGGCGGGGUGCGUGUGUGUGUGUGUGUGUGUGUGUGUGUGUAAGUCUCAGAGGCAGGUCUGGAGCGGGACUCCCGUGCCCGCGACACCUGGAGGGGAGGUGGAGGUGGGCUGAGCACGGGCGCGGCUGGCCAGACUGCCUGCAGUGGUCUGAGCGCCAAGCAGCCGGGACAGGCCCGGGUGCCAGCUGCGCCAUCUAGCGGCAGCCCUCACGCUGCAGCCCCGGCUCACGCCCGGCACGGUGCCGCCCUCAGGAGGAGGGGCUCUGCGGAUGACUUUAAAGAUGCUGAGGAAGGCAGGAGGUCUCGUAGGACCGGAGGUAGCAAGAGGCCUAGAAAUGUCCAGAUCUGGGCGACCGCGCCUCCAGGGAAGAGGGGAGGUGCACUGAGGACCAGGAGAGAGACACUGAGCCCACAGGGCCGGCAACUGGGAGCUUGGGGUCCUGGCUGGGAAGUGACGGCUCUGGUGGAGAGGCCCGGGGCUGCGCCUGUGCCGACAUUUGUCCAGCCCCGGAGGACGGAGUGUGAGGGGCCUCCCGGUGGAGCCAUGAGUUGAGCGGGACCCUGAGAGCAAGGACCCCUUCCUGCUCCCUGGCAGGACGAUGCCAGUGCUCGGCCCCCAGAGGCAGCUGCUGGGUCCCCUCAACUCCACGUCCCCAGCCACCCCUCGCCUCGGGCUGGCCACCAACCAGACGGGGCCCCAGUGCCUGGAGGUGUCCGUUCCCGAAGGGCUGUUCCUCAGCUUGGGGCUGGUAAGUCUCGUGGAGAACGUGCUGGUGGUGGCCGCCAUCAUCAAGAACCGCAACCUGCACUCGCCCAUGUACUACUUCAUCUGCUGCCUGGCCGUGUCCGACCUGCUUGUGAGCGUCAGCAAUGUGCUGGAGACGGCCGUCAUGCUGCUGCUGGAGGCCGGCGCCCUGGCCCCUCAGGCUGCCGUGGUGCAGCAGCUGGACGACGUCAUUGAUGUGCUCAUCUGCAGCUCCAUGGUGUCCAGCCUCUGCUUCCUGGGCGCCAUCGCCGUGGACCGCUACAUCUCCAUCUUCUACGCCCUGCGGUACCACAGCCUCGUGACGCUGCCCAGGGCGUGGCGGGCCAUCGUGGCCAUCUGGGUGGCCAGCAUCCUCGCCAGCACCCUCUUCAUCGCCUACUACCACCACACGGCAGUCCUGCUCUGUCUCGUAAGUUUCUUCGUAGCCAUGCUGGUGCUUAUGGCGGUGCUGUACGUCCACAUGCUGGCCCGGGCAUGCCAGCACGCCCGGGGCAUUGCCCGGCUCCACAAGAGGCAGCACUCCACCCAGCAGGGCUUCGGCCUCAAGGGCGCGGCCACCCUCACCAUCCUGCUGGGCACCUUCUUCCUCUUCUGGGGCCCCUUCUUCCUCCACCUCUCGCUCAUUGUCCUCUGCCCUCAACACCCCACCUGUGGCUGCGUCUUCAAGAACUUCAACCUCUUCCUCACCCUCAUCAUCUGCAACGCCAUCGUGGACCCUCUCAUCUACGCCUUCCGCAGCCAGGAGCUCCGGAAGACGCUCCAAGAGGUGCUGCAGGGCUCCUGGGCGGAUCCUCCGCAGCCAGCCCCGGCCCCAGCGCGUCCGCCUGCGUCCCGCAGCCGCCCGCCACACGCACCGAGCAUGAGGGAGAUCGUGCACAUCCAGGCCGGCCAGUGCGGCAACCAGAUCGGGGCCAAGUUCUGGGAGGUCAUCAGCGACGAGCACGGGAUAGACCCCAGUGGCAAUUAUGUAGGGGAUUCGGACCUGCAGCUGGAGCGCAUCAGCGUCUACUACAACGAGGCCUCUUCUCACAAGUAUGUGCCUCGGGCCAUCCUGGUGGACCUGGAGCCUGGAACCAUGGACAGCGUCCGGUCUGGGGCCUUCGGGCACCUCUUCAGGCCUGACAACUUCAUCUUCGGUCAGAGUGGGGCCGGCAACAACUGGGCCAAGGGCCACUACACGGAGGGUGCCGAGCUGGUGGACUCGGUCCUGGACGUAGUGCGGAAGGAGUGUGAGAAUUGCGACUGCCUGCAGGGCUUCCAGCUGACCCACUCGCUGGGGGGCGGCACGGGCUCGGGCAUGGGCACGCUGCUCAUCAGCAAGGUCCGCGAGGAGUACCCCGACCGCAUCAUGAACACCUUCAGCGUGGUGCCCUCGCCCAAGGUGUCGGACACGGUGGUGGAGCCCUACAACGCCACGCUGUCCAUCCACCAGCUGGUGGAGAACACGGACGAGACCUACUGCAUCGACAACGAGGCGCUGUACGACAUCUGCUUCCGCACCCUCAAGCUGGCCACGCCCACCUACGGGGACCUCAACCAUCUGGUGUCGGCCACCAUGAGCGGUGUCACCACCUCCCUGCGCUUCCCCGGCCAGCUCAACGCCGACCUGCGCAAGCUGGCCGUGAACAUGGUGCCCUUCCCGCGCCUGCACUUCUUCAUGCCCGGCUUCGCCCCGCUCACCGCCCGCGGCAGCCAGCAGUACCGGGCGCUGACGGUGCCCGAGCUCACCCAGCAGAUGUUUGAUGCCAAGAACAUGAUGGCGGCCUGCGACCCCCGCCAUGGGCGCUACCUGACCGUGGCCACCGUCUUCCGGGGGCGCAUGUCCAUGAAGGAGGUGGAUGAGCAGAUGCUGGCCAUCCAGAGCAAGAACAGCAGCUACUUCGUGGAGUGGAUCCCCAACAACGUGAAGGUGGCCGUGUGCGACAUCCCGCCCCGCGGGCUCAAGAUGUCCUCCACCUUCAUCGGCAACAGCACGGCCAUCCAGGAGCUGUUCAAGCGCAUCUCGGAGCAGUUCACGGCCAUGUUCCGCCGCAAGGCCUUCCUGCACUGGUACACGGGCGAGGGCAUGGACGAGAUGGAGUUCACCGAGGCCGAGAGCAACAUGAACGACCUGGUGUCCGAGUACCAGCAGUACCAGGACGCCACGGCCGAGGAGGAGGGGGAGAUAUAUGAAGAUGAGGAGGAGGAGUCCGAGGCCCAGGGCCCCAAGUGAAGCAGCCGAAGGGGUGGGACGCGGCCGCGGCCAGGACCGAGAGGUCUGUCCCCUGAGCCAUGUAGCCACUGACACACCCCUGCCCUUUCCCCCACCAGGCCCGGUCAUGUCACCCUAGGGCUCCCAAGUGUGUGUCCUUUAAUAUUUACAGCAUCCCCGCCCUGUGUGAGUCUUCUCAGCUGUCUUCCGCCAUAGGUCAAAUCCAUUUUGUGUGGCCCGUUUGUCUCUCUGCUUUACUAUCAGCUCCAGGCCUGAUGUUUUAUGGUUUGUUUUGUU